AUGAUUUACCCCGCGGCAGGAGCGAGCGAGGCCGGCUUGAGCGUCUCCAGAGCGCCGCUUAGCUCCGCCGCGUUUGACGCCUUCAGUCCGGACGCGUUCAGAGACGAGACAAACCUAAACAAGUGCAGUGUGUUGAGCGGACUGAUGGAUCAGGCUUUGUUCAGCCCGCACACACCUCCGUCGGAGACGAGUGAGCCGUUAAACGACAGCGUGUCUCCCGGAUCGGAUCUGGAGUCCGGCAGCGAGUCGGAGAAACCCAAAGAAGAGCUUUCCAAAAUGAGCGGGCGAAACCCCGCUGCUGUUCUGACGAAGAUCUUCCCUCGUGUCAAGCGAGACGCUCUUGAGUCGGCGCUGAAGGCCUGCUCGGGAGACGUGGUGAGGGCCAUUGAACUGCUGCUCGGUUCUCAGGAGGGCCAGAACUCAAGCGGAGACGUUCCUCUGUCGGAGAACCUCCCCAUCUCACGGUCGUCUGCCGUCUGCCUCACAGAAGCUCCUCUAAGACACUUCAGCUCCAGAUCAGCGUUCUCUCCCCUCCACGCCUCCUCCGGUUUGCUGGGUUUAAAUCCUCGCUUUGCCAUCGCUCCGCUGCGAGUCGCCUACUCAACACCCAGCUUCAUUCCUCCGUAUCUGACGCCUGCGUUUGUCCCGGCGCUGUCCCUGCGGCCCCCAGCAGACUAUCCGCUCCCCGGGGCCCUGCGGGACCUUCCUUACCCCAAAGACACUUUCAGCCCCACAGUGUUUUACUCCAGCCUCAGCAACGACAAAUAAUCCAAGCCUCAGUCUCUUUCUUUAUUAAACUACUGUACAGUGUACAAGCGUGUCGUGAUUUGAGAUCGAGUCACAAGCAGCUCAUGGAAGUAAUUACAGUUUUA